AUGGCCUCGAAGUUCCUCGACGGGCUGCUGCACGGGCCGUCCGCGCGGACGGCAGAAUACGUCGACACCGCUUCCACCCUACAGACUCCUCUGGACGAGGAGCGGGCAAUAAGCACGGUGCAGACGGCGGCGCUGGGAGAUCAGCAGCUCGGCGGCGAUAAAUUGCCUUGGAGCACAGAAACCCUCGCGCAGUACGAGUUCGAGCACUUUUUCGACUUUGAGGUCAGCAAGGCUGUCUUUUUCCUCAGUGUGGUUGCCGUGGCCAUCGUGCGGGCCACCUUCACUCCCUUCGGGCGUGUCACGAGCGCUGGCCGGGAGUGGCUCGACCGCGCGACGUUUGCGCUGCGGUGGGUGGCGAGCGCGGAUUCGCUGCAGCAGCUUGGUGGGCCGCCUGCCGUCGCGCCAGCCGAGGACUCAUGCCAACGGCGAAAAGUCGUCUCAGGCCGCUUCACGCGGUCCUCUUACGAGAGAUACUGCCACGCGAAUGCAUUGAGUCCUGAUGCACUCUGCUGGUCGGCGCUGCCCAUCUAG